UGAAUUUCCGGUUUGCGACGAAACCGAUCCGGUUUGUCUAGUUGGGACAAAAACUUCUCACUUAACUUCGCCAGACACAACAAACACCUCGAUCUCAUCGAACCCGCCCCCCCUCCCUUACAUACCCCACUUCAUACCAAAGCAAACCUACUCUCCUCUCUUCUCUCUCUAGGAUCUAUCAGAAAAUAUUUAAAAUAUUGCGAGGGAUGGCGGCAACAGCAGCAGCUUCGAGCUUGCAAAUGGCUACAACAAGGCCAAGCAUUUCUGCAGCCUCUACCAAAACAAGGACCUACGUUGUCGGUGCCAAUCCCAGGAACGCAUCGUGGGACAAAAUUGCUUGCACUCCCCAUCUAUCGAACCUCGGGUGUUUGAGAAACGACAGUGCUCUUCCAGCUUCUAAAAAGAGUUUUUCCUUUUCGACAAAGGCCAUGUCUGAAUCCAGCGAAAGCAAGGCUUCUUCUGGACUUCCCAUUGAUUUGAGAGGGAAAAGAGCCUUUAUUGCUGGUAUAGCUGAUGAUAAUGGAUAUGGUUGGGCCAUAGCCAAAUCUCUUGCUGCUGCUGGUGCUGAAAUUUUGGUUGGGACUUGGGUUCCUGCACUUAACAUUUUUGAGACGAGCUUGAGGCGUGGAAAAUUCGACCAGUCGCGCGUGUUGCCAGACGGAUCAUUGAUGGAGAUUAAAAAGGUUUAUCCUUUGGAUGCUGUCUUUGACAAUCCUGAAGAUGUCCCUGAAGAUGUGAAAGCGAAUAAGCGAUAUGCUGGAUCGUCAAACUGGACUGUACAGGAAGCUGCAGAAUGUGUGAGACAAGAUUUUGGAAGCAUUGACAUUCUUGUCCACUCACUUGCAAAUGGACCAGAGGUUAGCAAACCUCUUCUUGAGACAUCGAGGAAAGGCUAUCUUGCUGCUAUCUCUGCUUCCAGCUACUCCUUUGUUUCCCUCCUCAGCCAUUUUCUCCCAAUUAUGAACCCAGGAGGUGCUUCUAUCUCUCUUACUUACAUUGCCUCUGAAAGGAUCAUUCCCGGGUAUGGUGGAGGUAUGAGUUCUGCCAAGGCCGCACUAGAGAGUGAUACACGUGUGCUUGCAUUUGAAGCUGGGAGGAAACAAAACAUUAGGGUCAACACUAUCUCUGCAGGCCCUUUGGGAAGCCGAGCAGCUAAAGCAAUUGGGUUCAUAGACACAAUGAUCGAGUAUUCAUACAAUAACGCGCCUAUUCAGAAAACACUGACUGCAGAUGAAGUUGGGAAUGCGGCAGCCUUCUUGGUAUCUCCAUUGGCAUCUGCCAUAACUGGUGCAACCAUCUAUGUGGACAAUGGCUUGAAUUCAAUGGGUGUUGCUCUUGACAGCCCCGUUUUCAAAGACCUCAACAAAUAAGGGUCUCUGAUCGACGAAUAGCAUAUGUUCCUCCUUCGGCUUUGUAUUUUUUUUUUCCCUUUUUAAGAGAAUAUAUGUUAUGUUUCUAGUUUGUCACUUUAGCUGAUAUGUAAUAACUGCUGCACUAUUUCUCUAUUGAUUGAAGUUUGCAAGUUUCUACUUUUUAA